AUGCCGUUCUUUAAACCGUUCCUUUUUGUGGUUUCUAUGCUGGGUUGUUCUUCCACCCUUGCAGACCGCGAUACCUGCUACUCCCCACCCCUCAAAAGCAGGCAGGGUGGUCUCAGGUGCUGGACGUCUCCCCCAUACUACCCAUCUCCAGUGGGUGGCUGGGUGCUUGAGUGGGAAGAGUCAUAUACCAAGGCUCAAGCUGUGGUUUCCAACAUGACGCUUGCUGAGAAAGUGAAUCUAACUACCGGUACUGGAUUUGCAAUGGGGCCCUGCGCGGGCCAGACAGGGAGCGCAAUGCGAUUCGGAAUCCCCAGGCUUUGUCUCCAGGACGGGCCUCUCGGCGUCAGAAACACGGACCACAUUACUGCCUUCCCAGCUGGUAUCUCAGUCGGGGCAACAUUCAACAAGAAGUUAAUGUAUGACCGCGGAGUUGCCUUGGGCAAGGAGUUUUGCGGCAAAGGGAUAAACAUUUAUUUAGGCCCAUCAGUUGGUCCCCUUGGGCGCAAGCCCCGAGGGGGACGCAACUGGGAAGGGUUUGGCAUGGAUCCAUCUCUCCAGGGAAUUGCCAGUGCUCUCACGAUUAAGGGAGUUCAAAGCAGACGCGUCAUUGCAACUGUGAAACAUUUUGUCGGAAACGAGCAGGAAAUGUUCCGCAUGGUGUUCCCUAUCCAGCCCAUUGGCUUCCUGCAAAAACCAUACUCAUCCAACAUUGAUGAUAGGACUAUGCACGAGCUGUACCUUUGGCCGUUCGCGGAGUCAGUUAGAGCUGGUGUGGGAGCGGUAAUGAUGGCAUACAAUGACGUUAACAGCUCCUCGUCCAGCCAAAACAGCCACUUGAUCAGUGGCAUUCUUAAAGACGAGCUUGGGUUCCAAGGAUUCACCAUGACUGAUUGGUUUGCCCACAUCGGUGGCGUUUCUUCCGCUCUUGCGGGCUUGGAUAUGACUAUGCCUGGAGAUGGUGCUUCUCCCCUGUUAGGGCAUAGCUACUGGGCUGCUGAACUGUCACGUUCAGUUCUCAAUGGGACUAUUCCUCUUGAACGCUUGAAUGACAUGGUUGCACGUAUUGUUGCAACAUGGUUCAAGUUGGGUCAGGACAAGGACUUCCCCUUGCCAAACUUCUCGACCUACACGACUGCAGAAACCGAUCUUCUGUAUCCUGGUGCUGUGUUAUCUCCAGUUGGAGUGGUCAAUCGGUUUGUCGACGUUCAAGAAGACCACAAUAGCACUGCGAGGGCCAUCUCUAGAGAAGCUAUUACUCUUCUUAAAAAUGAGGAUAAUCUGCUCCCUCUGGCCCCCAAUGCUGUCUUGAGGGUAUUCGGUACGGACGCGGGGCCCGAUCCACAAGGACUAAACUCUUGUGCUGAAAGAGGCUGCAAUAGAGGUGUCCUGACAAUGGGAUGGGGCAGCGGAAGUGCCAAUGUCCCAUAUCUUAUAACACCUCAAGACGCUAUCGUGGCCAGAUCGCCAAAAACAGAGUUCCAUCUAACAGAUACAUUCCCAUCCAAUUUCACGGCAAAAUCUGACGAGAUUGCGAUUGUUUUCAUCAAUGCUGAUUCUGGGGAGAACUAUAUCAUGGUGGAAGGCAAUCCAGGUGACCGAACGAUUGCCGGUCUAUAUGCCUGGCAUGACGGAGACAGACUUAUCAUGGACGCUGCGAGCGUAUUCUCCAAAGUAGUAGUCGUUGUCCAUACUGUUGGUCCAAUUAUCAUGGAGAAAUGGAUAGAUUUACCAUCCGUAAAAGCUGUGUUGAUUGCCCAUCUCCCGGGCCAGGAAGCCGGCACUAUCGCUGAUAUUCUAUUCGGAGACGAGAGCCCCAGCGGCCAUUUGCCCUACACGAUCCCAAAAGCUGAAUCUGACUAUCCAGAAAGCGUCAAUCUCGUAUACAACCCCGGAAUUCAAAUCCAAGAUACCUUCACGGAGGGACUCUACAUCGACUACCGCCACUUCAUCAAGAACAACAUAAUCACGCGAUAUCCAUUCGGCCACGGCCUUUCAUACACGACAUUCGACUUUAGCGAACCCAAUGCCAUCGCUGUCACGCCAAUCACCGAGUACCCGCCAGCAAGACCAGCCAGGGGCACCCCUCCAACAUUCUCCAGCACGAUCCCACCCGCGGAUGAAGUAGCCUGGCCACAGGGGCUAAACCGCAUCUGGCGAUAUCUUUACCCAUACCUCGACAACCCUUCCUCUGUCAAGCCAGGAAAAGGCUACCCAUACCCGGAAGGAUACAGCACGACACCCAAACGGCCUCCCCGUGCUGGCGGUGGUGAGGGUGGCAACCCCGCCCUGUGGGAUAUCGCCUUCAUGGUUGAUGUGAAAAUCACUAACACGGGCAAGGUGGCCGGUCGUACCGUUGCUCAGUUGUAUGUCGAACCGCCAGACCAGGCAGCUUCCGAUACGCCCAGGUUGCAGCUGAGACAGUUCGAGAAAACGCGCGUGCUACAAGCGGGGGAGAGUGAGGUGCUGCGUCUUGAGAUUACGCGGAAGGAUUUGAGUGUGUGGGAUGUGAAGACGCAGGAUUGGCGGGUGCCGGAGCUUGGGCAGGGGGCCAAAUUGUGGGUCGGGGAGAGCGUGGAGGAUUUGAGAGUUGUGUGUGAGAUUGGGGGCAGGUGUGGGAAUGCUUGA